UGGUUCGAGUUGGUCAGUGAUGUGGACAAUAUCGUCUUAUUCGAAGUUCCUCAAAGAAUCAUGGGUCGUGAUUUAAAAGGGUUAACUAUAUGCUUCGUUUACUCAAGAUUCUCGACAAGUUCUUAUUGGCGUUAUCUCGAACUUGAAGAUUCUCAAGGUCUUAUUGGCAUUAUCGUUAGAAAUCUUACCAAACAAACUGCUUUGCACACCAAGAUAGCAUUUGCCUCCUUAAAAUCUUCCAGUGAACCUGAAGAAUCUGAAGACGAUUCCGGUGAACCUGAAGAACCUGAAGACUAUUAUCUUUGGCAGGGACAAUUGUCAAACGAUGUGCUCCGUUUGCAAGGCGGGGACCGAGUCUCCAUUCUUGUAAGGCCUGAUGAUGUUGGUUUUGUGAGAGUGAAGAAGACAGGGGUUCAUCUAGAAUGGGACAAAGUCAUGAACGAAAAUAUGGAUAAUCCGGAUCCUCAUUUGUAUGAUUGGGAAACAAAAGGGGAUUUUUGAGGGGGAGUUGAUGAGUCCAUUUCAAGAAAUUGUUGUCACUGAGACGAAUGGUAACCAUACUGAGCAAGCCAACAAUCUUGAUGGAGGAUAGCCAUGAUGAAGCUAGAAUUGAAAUUGAGAGAAAGAAACAGAGAGAAGCACUGAGGGCGUUGAUACAGAGAGAAAUUGUAGUCUUGAUUUCUUUGGCAGGGACAUUUCUGUGGUGACCACGUAUCUAAUCUUGUAAGGCCUCUAGUUGAUUUUGUGAUGGUUAAAAGGAUAGGGGUUCAUCUAGAAUGGGACAAACUUAUGAAGGGAAAUAUCCAUUCGGAACUUGAUUUGUAUGAAUUGGAAGAUGAGCCUUUCGCCCUUGUAUCCAUUCGGAACUUGUUUCGAAAAUUAAUUCUUCUUUUGUUAUCAUCAAGAAUACUACAAACUUCUUUUUGUUUGUCAA